CCGGCAGCUCCGCCGCCUGACUCCCGCCCCGCCGUGCCCUGCUGCGGUCUGGCCGGGCAGCCCGGGUGUCAGGGCCCGCGGCGCGGCGUGGCUUCCCUGCCGGCCGGGUAAGGCGGGCAGAGGCCGCCCCGGCAGCGCCGCCCCGGCAGCGCAUCCCCGCCAGCAGCCCGCGGCCGGGCUGGGCAGCCGUGGGCGGCGGCGGCCCGGGCAGUGCCGCCUGGCAGCGGGGCGGGGAGCGGGGGAGGUGGGGGCGAGGGCGGCUCUCACUCCUCUACUCUCCUCUCUUCCCUCCCUCUCGGUACCCCCGCCUCCGACCUUCGCCGCUGCCGGGAUCGCGGCUUGCACCGGCCCGUCCUCUGAGAAGUGGCGAGGGGGCCCGGCCAUGGAGACCCUCGUGCGCCCCGGGGCCAGCAAACCCCCCACCGGGAAAAGAAUGAAAGCUCGUGCUCCUCCUCCUCCAAAUCAACCUUCUGCAGCAAGUAGAAUUCACAGUGAACCUAAGUCACCUGCAGAGACAGCUGUAAUUUCUGAUCAGAACCUUGUGAGCAUGAAGGAGAACAUGAUAAACAGACUGGUGGACUUCACAGUCGUUUUACCCGGUGGGGUGGAGCAGAAGUGCACAGUGCAAGGAAGUAAAGCUGUGAUGGAUGUAUUGGUUGAUUUAUGCAGCCAGUAUCACUUAAAUCCAUCUCAACAUAGUCUUGAACUAAAGUCUUCGGGAACUCAACAAGUUCUGAGUUACAAGCCAAACACUUUGAUAGGAGCACUGGAUGUACAGACAGUUCUUCUGAAAGAGAAGAUUGCAGAAGAGAAGGCAAAGCGACCUCUGCCAAGGGUCCCUGAGAAAUCUGUGAGGCUGGUAGUGAACUACCUGAAGACACAGAAGGCUGUGGUUCGAGUUAGUCCAGAGGUGCCUCUCCACAACAUCAUCCCAGCUAUUUGUGAGAAGUGUGAAGUCAGUCAAGAGCACAUUGUUCUUCUGCGGGACGGCAUAACUGGGGAAGAGCUGGAGCUUACCAAGUCCUUGGAGGAGCUAGGGAUAAAGGAGCUGUAUGCCUGGGACAGAAAAAAAGAACCAAAUCGAAAGGCUUCAGUAAGCAGUGAUGCAAUAGAGAAAGAAAAGACAAGACUUUUAGGAUUGUUUAAUGCUGAUAGAAGCAGCAACAAGGGUUUUUCCACAGCACCAAAUUCCCCUUCGGUGAAUUCUCGUUCCAGUAGCCUGGGUUCAUCACAGUCCCUUGGUAACAUCUCUGGAAUGACAGCAAACCCAGAAGUGAAAAAGCGCAGAGCACCUCCUCCACCAGUUGCAACACCAGUAUUGCCGAAUGCGAAUGCGGAGUUGAGGGGACAAGAGAGGACAGCAGCACAGAUAUCACAAGGAGCAUCUCUGAAUGAUUUAAGGAAAAAGAAGAGGCGUGCCCCUCUUCCACCAGCUGCAUCUGCUCCACCCACUCCUGCCAUGCCCAACAGGACAGAAGACAGGGAAGACAAGAGGAGGAGCACAAUGGUUUACUGUUGUGCAUCAUUCCCUUCAUACUCCAAGCGUGUCUGACAGACCUUGCCUCUUCCUAUGACCUUCAUACUUCUGAACCUCCUGUUGCCUCUGCUACCCUGAUUCUUCUGUUGCCUUCCUUCCUCCUCUGCUGGGAAAAAAAAAAAACCACCUUUUUUUGGCUGAGAUUUUGGCUUCUUUUCUUUUUAAACUCGCACAUUCUCUUUAAUUAUUAUUGAUUAUUUUUGGCUGUGGUUCAUGCUCAUUUGCGAGAUAUAUGCUCCAGAUCUGAAUAGUGUGUUAUAUAAAUCUACAUAUCAGCCUCAGAAAGAUUAUCUGUCGUUCUUUUUCAAAAUAUUCUCUUUAUUUUGAGCCAUGGUUUGCUUUGAUUUGGUGUUGCCGAAGAGUGUGUUCUUGGGACAGGAUGUCUUACUUUCCAUAUUGUUUAAAGUUUUAAUGAAAAGUUUUAAGAACUUUUUUUUUCUUUCUUUCUGUUAUUCUAGGUAUAAAGUUUUGUAUUCCCAACAUGCUCUAUUUUCCUUUUAUUGCAUCUAUUUUGUUCCUUUGGAACAAAACUGGUACUGGGCAUGGCCUAGUCAAGUUGAAGUGCAAGAUUCUUUCUGUAUCUUGGCUAUCAAUUAAGCUGUCAAGACAAAAGAAACAGGAAGAUCUGUUGCAUCUAUAAGGGGCUUAAAAGGAAUACCAAGAACAAAUACCAAAUGCACUGAUUCAUGUUCUUUACUUAUGCUUUCAUCCUGAUGCUUAAUAUGAGUAAUUUUAUCUUGAUGCUGGAGACAUGCUGUGGAAAUCGAGGUGUGUGUUCUAUUUCUGUAACAAAAGACGCAAACACUGUUUGCUCAAGAUACAUCUUGUUCUACAAGUCUCCUUUUUACUCUUGUCCUAGGAAUAGUCAGUGAGUUCUAAUUAAAAUAUCAUUUAUAGGUUUGUACUUAGCAAAAACUUCUUUGUGCUAAAGGAAGUUCUUCAUGAGAACGGCCCAUAAGACAUGUAUUUUUAAUAAUCCUGAGCUACAAACAUAGCUUUAUGAGUUGUAAUGUAAUGGUGCACACACCCAGAACUAUUCUGACCUCACAUGUACUGUGCUUUAAGACAUUCAUGUUAUUUAAAUGAGUGACUUGCAAUACAUAACUCUAAUUUAAAUGAUGAAAAAUUAUUGUUUUACCCUCAAGCAAAUAAUCAUGUUCAUCUUGACUCCUUUCCAGGUAGGCAAAAUGGAGAAUAAGAAAGCAAAGCAUUCCUACAGAUAAUAUGAAAUAUGACUAAGAUGGGGUUUGACAGUUUUUAAUACAAAUAUAACAUGUAGUUAGUACAUUUUAAAUGAUUCUUUAGAAAGUAUACUUAGUACCCUAAGGAUCCUCUAAUAAAAGUCAAGUGGAUUUGAACUCUCUAAGCUGCCAGGUACUUUGUAAUAUCUUCUUAAGGCAGGACAAUGGUUUAAUUGUAAGUCUUCUCUCAAAAAGAACCAAAAAAAAACCCUAGUAGGUGUUCACAAUGUGAUGAUUAAGAACCUAAUUUACCCAUUCUCAUUACUCUAUUUGCAUCCUACUUGUAACUCCACAGUUACAUGGCUCAUGGAGUUCAAACUAGUGUAAAAACAAUGAAGUGGUGAAACAGUGUUUUAUAUGAGUACAAAGUACUGUGUAUCAUGAAAGUCUUUCCAUUUACACCAUUUUCACUGAAAGGUGGCACAAAUUUUCAACAAAAUCACAGUUUUAAUGAAAAAUCUCCUUGCUUUGAAAGGAUACAGCUGAGGCCCCUCUCUACAUAGCUGGCAUGUUUCCUACAAAUAGCAGUCUCUUUCGAGGUAGCCUCCUCAAGCUCUUAAAAGCUGAAUGUUAAAUCUCAAAAAGUUCAUUAUUCACACUUUAUUAAUUUUUUCUUUAAUUAAAAUGCAAAAUUUACUUCUUAAAUAUAUUCAGGGGAAUGAACAGUUUUUGUGAGGUUCCUAGGUUAAACAUUUUAAAGACCAGCUUAAGCUAACAAGCUCUGCCUUUCAGGAUUUAAAAAGGAUCUUUGCUUAUGUUCACUCAUGUUUGCUUAUUAUGAUUUCAUAAGUUACAGAUACAUAUAUAUACUAUUAAACAGAAUUUACAAAAAAAAUAGAAGAAAGAUUUCUGUGUCUUUACAAGAAAUCAUCCUGUGACAUUCAUGAAUGUUGUUACAAGAAAUUAUACUGUGACAUUAGCGUAGUUUGAGACCUCCCGGUACUGUACAUGGUGUCAGAAAAAACUUUCAGUGGCACUCAUGAAAUCCAAAUCUGUUGAGUGGAGUUGCACAGAUACUCUGUCUCAGAACUGCUAAUGCAUAAUAGCAUGCAUGCACAGAGGGGUUUAAGCAAAGCAUGAUUGCAGGACCGGGAAGUCACUGGAAAUUUGCUUCCUGAGCACCAGCUCAGCCCUGAGGUACUGUUGGGGGAAUUCCUGUUUGUUCCAAGUUUCAGCUCAGGAUUUCUAAGAGCUCCACUACUCAGCUUCUGAAAGAGAAUGGAUUUUUCUGUCAUUUUCAGUAAUAGGAAGGACUAUCAGUUUAGUUCUCUUUGAUGGAGUCUUAGGUUAGCAGUGAUGUGAAAAGACAUUGGCUUGGUUUUACUCCUUUUAUUGUAACCUUGGAGACAUUGGAAGUGUAGUGAGAAUGACAUAGAAAAGUUAAUAACAAAUUCACCACUAUAACAAAUUUUUCACCAAAAUGCUAUUACCAGAGUUAGUAAGAAACACAUUUCAUAGACCCAUGAUUUAUCUGCACUACCAAACAGCCUUGUUAAAAUACUGUCCUUCAUGUUAAAAUAUCUGGGGUGAAAAUCGAAUAAGCAAUCAAAUAAAAAAAUAGAAAAUAUCAUUGAGCCCUUUCUGGAGAACAAAUAAAUGCCUAGAUAACUUAGAAAUUAAAACAAAUUCCUGUCUUACAACUCCAAUGUCAAUGAUAUUCAGUUCUCUUAGGGAAUAAGGACAGAUGUAUAAUUUAUGAUUAAACCUAUUCUGAUGAAUGUUCUCAACUCAUACGAAAUCCAGUGAAUUCAAAACAGCUUAAGCUUCGUGGUGCCAAAGAUGUUACUGAAAUAUUUUUUACGUUGGCCACCAGAGGGAGCCGAUGUUGUCUCACAUUCACAAUAGGAGAGCAAGAAAAAACGCCAAAAGUGCAUUUCAACCUGAUUCCAAACUUACACAAAGUUUUUUCGUUUUUGGAGCAGUUUGCUGGGAUUUUUUUCUGCAACUAAAAACAAAAAAAAAUUGUUUCUAGAUUAUUUGUUAAAUCAAUUUCAUCACAAAUAAAAAGAAGAUAAAAUUACAUUUUCAGGUGACGCCGCUGUGAUGGCGUCUAGGAGAUGCAAGCUCAAAUUUCUGUUUUAAGCUUUCUCAAAGUAUGGUGGCAUAUUUGGUUGGCUAUUAUAUUGCAUAGAUAUUGCCUCUGUAUCUAUAGCAGCUGUGUCCAAAGUGUGGUAAUUAGUGCAUAUGGUUGGUAUAUGUGUUUAAAACAUGCCUAAGUGCAUAGGAGUAGGUCAGGUUCAGUGCCAGUACAGAUAGACUGUUUUCCUAGGUGGAUCUUAUCAGCUUCAGUGUUAGAAUUUUAAAAUCAUGACCAGAUCUGUUUAGUAUCUGCCUUCUUUCACAGACAAAUUACUUCAUUACCAGCAAUUCAGUCACUUAGAGACUAAAUCUCUGACUUUCAAAACAUCCUUAAAUAUCUUUUCAACAUGUAAUACUUUCGAGUUUUUUCCUUUCAGAUGGAAUCUUUCAGGAUCGAAAUGAAUGUUGUCUUUCUCACUGGGCAGAUGGAUUUCUUUUCCUUUUCUAGUGACAAGGCUGUAGAAUAAUACUAAACUUUAAUUCCAUUUUUAUCUUCAGAAAAUGUGCUACAGGUGCAGCACAGAAAAUUAUUCUGAGCAGGUAAAAUAUGGAGAAAAAUAUUCCAAAUAUAUUAAUGGAAAAAGGAAAUAUUUCUCUUCUUGUUUUUGAACUGGAAUUAUUUAAAGCUGUCUGUGGUAUCUAGAGUGCUCCCCGUACCAAGGGAGAAUGAUUGGCAGAGAAAUCAUCCAGUUCCAAUUGUAUGAUGAGUUGCAAAGAUUUAUGAUGCAUUUGUUUAUUAAACAUAUGACCAUCCAAUCUAUCAUAUGCCCAUCAUCUGUCCCUUUGUUCUGCUUUUUUGAAGUAAACUCUGUGAUCAUGAUUCUCAUACCCUCAUCAUUUAUGUGUACAGUCAGUUUAAACCCUCCUUAUUGUUCUGUCACAGUAUAAAAGUGCUUCUUUUUGAAAGCUAGGCUGUGUGUGUGUAUGUAUGACAGCAGUUCUGUCUUCUGAGCUUGGCUCCCAGUCACUACCAUGACUCUCAAUAUAUAUUUAGUGCAUGAAGUAGGCACCAUUUAGCGUUCCAUACAAAAAUACAUGUUAUUUUAGAAGACAGAAUGGAACUUAUUCCAUCCCUCGAAAAUUACAGCCAUGUUGUUUUCUGAUGUCAUUGUAAAACUAUGGACUCCCCCCUCAAGGACAGUGAAGCAGAAUUGCUGUGUCUGUUUUCCCUUCUUAUUCAUAAGCUUAUCCUAUAGUAGCUCUGUGGCUAGAACAGUCCACUGUUAAAAUUCAUAAGAAGUUGACAAAACAAAAAGUGACAUAAUUAAGUCUUUGUUUAUCUAGAAGAGCUUCCAGGUAAUAAAUGCUGAUUUUUGCUGAGGUGGCUAAGGGGAGAGGUGAUCUUGUACAUUUCCCUGCAAGGAUCCCCUGCUUUAUUUCUUUUUUAUUGCAUACUCUUGUGUAGUGCUCUGGCACCAUUUUGUAGUGGUAAAUGACUGCUGAAAGCAUCAAGUCCAAAGAAAGAAUGAAUGACUCUGGAAUCUGGCAACAAACUGAACAGGUAUCAACUACUGAGUUCUUUAUAUUCCUUGAAUGUACAUUGAACAUGAAAGAUUAUUUUUUCUGUUCACUUCUAAUUCAAAAAUAGUAAAUUUGGGUCACCAGAUCUGCUUAAUUUUUUCAUGCCUUGAGAAAGUUCUAAGGGAGGAGACUGAGUCCUGGGUGCAAACACUGGUUGGAUUGGGCUAAUUUCAUAUUCCCUUACAUUCCCCUGCACUGUGCUGCCUGCAAAAAAACAUGAUUUUGCAGACUUUCAGCCAGAAGUCAGUCUGAGUGUAAGGAAGCAUAAUCACUUUGAAUAAUCAAAGAUAAUAUUUUCUGGUUACAUUCGUAUGGGAUGGGACCCCAGUGAAUCAAAUAGUCUUUCCUGGUAUUUAGAUUUCUAACUGGCUACUUACCUAUUUCAUGUAGUGUAGAAUAAACCUGAGCUUCCCUUCUCCCAUCCUGACUAAAUGUCAAGAAAUUUCUUCUCUUAAUUCCCUUGCAGACCAGCUUUGCAAUCCAAGUGGUCUGUGGAUAAACUGCGAAUGUUUCUUCCAAGUGAAACCAAAUUCCCUGUUGUCCUCUUCCUUCAUCAAAAGAAGUGCAGUUUUAACCACAGGAGCUGUACCUUUAAUAACUGAGCAGCAUCCCUAGAAUGGUGGAAUGUGAGGAAGUUGUCACAGCCAUACACACAGAACAACUUACACUUCAUCAGUAACAAGUGGAGCUAAACAUCUGUGUUCAACCAACUACGUGCAUGUGGUGCAAGUGUGUGUGUGAGAACUUUGAUCCUGGGUGUGAAUUUGAAGUUAUGCCAGGUUUACACAUAAGCAAUGGGCCAAAUAAAAUUGGAAGGGUGGUGCUUUAAGUGGCAUAUAUAGUGCAAGUUCCUACUGAUUCAAAUGCAGUCAAUGAUCAUGGAGCUGCAGUAAACAAACUGUUGAAAUUUUUUCUCUGUUCCAGGUAGGUGAUGAUUCUAAUACCAAAGUGCUUUUCCAUCCUUAGAGGUGUUCAUACUCAGCUUUUCCUAUUACUACUUCUGAGUCAGAAAGCACAGACUAAAAUGCCUGCCUACUUUCUUCUAAGAAAUUGAGAAUUCUGGCCAUGCACAUUUACUUCUGAGUUUUCAGGCAUGAGGGAGUAAAGGCUGAGAGCAGAGACAGCUUCUCUUUUGUCUGCUCCUUUUGUGGAUUCCAUAAUUGUGGUUCCUGGCAUGGAUAAAAUAAUUACAUUCUAACCUACUACCAUAAGCAAAGACUGGGUGUAAUGGAGGACAAAGACAUAAAACAAAAUAAGAUGGAAAGACCAAGAAAGGAGGACUGUGAUGGACAAAUACAAUUUUUUCUUUGAAGACUAUAGUGAUUGAAAUGUGAAAAUAAAGUUGCUAAAUAUAUGGUGCCCUCCUAUAAACAGUGAAAGACUGGUAGGGGAUUACCUGCUUACUUGUUAGAGCAAACAAAACAACUAAAUUUUCUAAUUUUCAAGCAUCUAAUAAAAAUCAUUAUUGUUUUCUGAUUUUUAAAACAUGUAGGUAAGUAUUUUUCUCUUCCAUGUUGUUAUUUUCCUCAGGUUUUUUUUUUUACUUGACACUAAGGUACAGUUUGCAAAAGCUGUAAAACUUAAUGAGGAAAUAGUUUCAGCAUUUUUUCUAAACUAUGUGGAAACAUGCAAGAGAUCUAUUUUUAAGGUGUAUCUGUGGAUGAAACAGUCAAGAUUUGAAUAAAUAUACUUCUUCAAACAUAAGAAGUAUGACAAAUUAGGUAAGAAUUAUAAAGACUGUAAGAAAAAAUAAUUAGUGGCCUUAAGUUCAAGAUAACAGCCUUGUUUACUUAACUUUUACUUGUAAGAGGUGUACCAUUUUGUAAGGCAAACUCUUCCAGACUUGUUCUCCAGAAAGCCUUACAGUGGACUGCCAAGGACUGUAGAAGGGCCACCUUAUAGAACUUCCUGGUGUUGUUGGAAGUAGAUGACACUUUGGAAACUACUGGGUGAAUGCCUUGGUAUCUUGGUUUUGUUCUGGAACCCUUUUUGGGUACUCCCAAUCUCAGACAUGCUAAAUCAAUACUUAACAGUGACACAAUUAUUUUUAUGCCACAGUUUACCCCAAUAAUAAGAAACUUUUUUUUUCUUCCCGUAAGAGAUCCUAUUUCAAUUAAAUACAAUGUGUGUGAAUAUUUUAUUGAUUACUUACUGUUUACUUCUAAAACCCCUUUCUGCUUGCCCUCAGAGAAUUAGAACAAUAUGCUGAUUAACUGACCAGUUAGUUACAGAAACUUAGAGGUUUAAGUGUCAAAAAAUUCCAAAUGAAAACAUUCAGGUAAAAAAAAGGCACACAUAUACUGUAAUUUGCUUGUUUGCUCCACUCCCUUGUGGACAUGCCCAGCUUCCUCUGUACCUGGCAGCUUUCCUGUUCUGUGUUCAUCACACUAAUCAAUGGGAUUCAGAUGUUUCCAAAAUAAAAUCAUUUGUCUUCAGUCUGCUCUUAUAAAGGACACAGACUGUACUAUAAAGUCUUUCCUUCACUUUCAGGGUACAUUAAAUACAUGCCACUGUUCAUAAUACAAGGCUUUGCCAAUGUAUUGAUUGCUUUCUUUUAUACAAAAAAUCCUUGCACAGGGCAACUCCUUGUGGUUUUUUCCACAGACUUAAAUUAGUGCCUGUGAGAAAAUUCGCAGGCUGAUAGUAAUUGAAACAGAAGUCUUUAAAUUUUCAUGCUGUAAUGAGAAGAGUAAUAACAUACCACCACCUUGAUUCUGUGCUGGUUUGAUAGGGGCUGCUCUAAGGUGAGUGGAAAGUUUUAAAAUACCAUGCUGAAAUUAUGACCGACCAGGAGAAUUAAUGUAAUGUUGGAGUAUUACUGUACAAACUGUACUGUACAAAGUGCAGCAGUGGCCACCUGCUAAAAAAAAGUUUCAAACACACUUCCUGGGUAAUGGCUUUAGGAAAAAAAAAUACGUGGUUCUAUGGAGUUUAAAAGAGAAGGUGCCCUUUUUUUAAUAGUCUUUGAUUUUUUUAUAUUAGGAAUAAUAACAGGGAAGAGAGAUGAUAAAAAUUAAUAAAAAGGGGGAAAAUAGAUGGAUAUUAAAAUCCCAGGACCCUUGAGGUUCUUGAUUUUCAAAACCACAAAUAUUUGAGAAUUUCUCCUUUCUUUUUUUCUUCUUUGUUUUCUUAUUUUCUUCCCCCAGACCACCUCAAGUAAUUUCUUAAGCAUUUCUUUUGAACUUCUUUAUUAAUGACUGAGUUCUCUCAUAUCUGAACCCUAUCACACUUGGAGUUGAACUUUUGCUAUUGUUCAUAGCAUCCUUCUCUCAGUAUCCCUGAUAGAUAACAGAAAAUAAGCUUUUACAUGUAUUUGAGGAAAGUUUCUGCACUCUGUCCUUCUACCUCUUUAUUAAACUUUUGUAACUGAACUUCAGGCUCUUAUCCUUCCUGACUCAUUCAGGAGAAGUUGGUAGCCAGUUUAAAAGUUACUGGAGGGUUUCAUAGACAAGCUUAAAACCUAUCAAUUGCGUGACCUCCUCAGCCUAAUUUGAGGAGGAACUGAUGCUGAAAAGAAACAAACUCAAAGGCAUUUCCAAAUUUCCCCCUUUUAUGCUGAUCCUAUUUAAGCCCAUUAAGUCAGGUGAGAAAUUCCCCGAACUAACUUGCCUAUUUUGAGCGUAUGAUCAUAGCAAACCUUCAAAUUCUAGAAAUGGCCCUGCUCCAGCAAAGCACUUAAGCAUGCUUAAUCAGGUACCCCAUUAUACAGCAUGCACAUUAUUAUUGAAUGAACUGUGUAAAUGAAAGCCUUAAAAUGCUUCACAUGAAUAAAAAUACAGACAAAUUUUCCCUGUGGGGAUUCAUCCCAUGCAGGAGAUAUCUGCAGCUUUGCAUUUCAAUCAGUGAACGGUCUGACCCUGCUGCUGUUGAAGUCAGGGGCAGAAUCUAUCUUCUGCAGUAGAAGCAGGAUCUGAUACUAACAGCACGUAAUAUGAAAGGGGCAAUUUUUUCCAAGUGGGUGUUCAGAUGAUGACCCAUUUCUUGCAUCAGGCUAUUGUUCACUAGAGGUGGCACUGCCUUUAACGUUUUACUAUCCACAAAUCAGUAUAAAGCGUAACAUCCAGUUACUGCUCUUGCAUGUUUGCAUCUCUUCAAGUUAAUAGGGAAAGAGAGCCCCAGGGCAAAGCAUGAUAGAUGAGAUAAUUGACUUCACACGAGGACUGUGGAAGAGCCGGCCAAAUUCAGCUCUGACUUAAGUAUUUCUAUCUCUGCUUAUGUCUGAAAUAAUCUGAUGUAGUCCAUCUGCUGCCAAAGUGGAAUGGUGGCAUGAGAGCACUACUAUUCUGUGAGUAUUUUGUUCACUACUUGUCCAGUAUUCCCCUUCUUACUAGGGAGAGCUUCAGUGUGCACUGCUGGAAAAGAUAACUUCAUGGAUAGUGUAUGGAGGUCAUUGUAUCAAGAACCAUAAAGUGGUUUGGAUUGGAAGGGACCUUAAAGAUAAUCUAUAGUUUAACACUCCUGCAUGGACAGGGGUGUUAAAUGGAAUGGAAUGUAUUCCAUUAGACCAGGUUGCUCAAAGCCUCAUCAAACCUGACAUUGAAUGCUUCCAGGGAUGGGACAUCCAUAACUUCUCUGGACAACCUGUUGCAAUGUCAAAAUGAAGAAUUUCUUUGUAAUGUCUGAUCUAAAUCCACCCUCUAAAGUGAUUUCCCCUUGUCCUAUCUCUACAUGCCCUUGUGAAAAAUCUCUCUCCAGCUCUCUUGGAAGGCCCUCUUCCAGGAGCUGAAACAUGCUAUCAGGUCUCCCCAGAGCCUUCUCUGUGCCACGCUGAACAAACCCAGCUCUUUCAGCCUGUCUCCACUGGAGAGGUGCUCCAGCCCUCUGAUCAUCUUCGUGGCCCUCCCCUGGACUUGCAAUACCCUCCCUGCAUUUGAUUCUUGGCCUAUGCUGUGAUUGCUUGGCUAUGUCUGUCACUAAAAAAGAAGUCUGUCUCUUGCUAUAAUUCCACAGAACCAAUUGCCCUGGUGAUCCUCAGCAGCGUGCAUGUGCCUGGUUCCUGCUAGUUUAGAUCCAGGGGUGCCUGGCAGUGUUUUAGGUGGAGGGUGUGAUUGGCACACACUGUCCUGGCCUCACUGCUCUUGGUUUGCCCUCAUCCCAGCACAGGAGUCCAGCCUUUAAAGGGCCUAGGAAACAUCCUUUGAAAAUGGUACAAUGCCCUUGUGCAGGGUAUCACUCAAGAACUUCAGGGACAUGCUAUGUGUACUCCAACCCUUGGUUUUCUUCCCUGCAAGAAUAAUUUUUUCUUUACUGGGCAGUUCCAGAAGGCAGACUGUUUUAGUGAUAAGAAGAGGUCACAUACUCAAAGUAGUGUCUCACUAGGUUUAUGCUUUUAUUGAUAUAAUUGGAUGUCUUACAGAAGUACAAUAGCAGAGUAAUCCAGUGUGUAUGUGCAGUAAAAUGUGGUAUAACUCAGAAAAUAACCAUGCUCUUCUAGGUUAAAAUAUUUCUGGAAAUAUAAUUGCCAAAGUAAACCACCAGCCCAAGUUUAUUGAAAAGCCUCUUGGAGGCAGAAGCACAUAUUCCACUGAUCAGGAAGGUCAGUUAAUGAACAUCAAAAGACGUCAGAGUAGAGUUUUGUAUCUUUAUACUAUGGAGGUGUAUGAAAAUAUUUUCAUAUCUAAAUUUGGAGCUAGCUGUUGAAACUCUGUGUAGGUAUUUACAAUGUUGGUGGUUUGGCUGAAGUAUGUUUUGGCCAAUUAAAUGGAGUUGUUUUAUGUCAUUUUAAUUUAAGUUAAGUAGUUUCUUCACAAAAUUUUCUCAGGGCUCUGUCUGACUUCAGAUUAUACUAAGGUACUAGCCUAUAAAAAGAGAAAGAGAUGUACGGGCAAAUGAUGGAUGCACUGAUAGGGAAACUAGAGGGAUGAAAUCCCAUUUUGUUAAUCAUCACUCUAGCCUGUAGUUCACUAAUAGCUUUUAGUAUUAAGCAAAACCAGUAUUUGUUGCCAUUACUGCCCAUAAGUCUGCAUUGAUAGGAAGGUUUUCUCCCAGUUGUACAGCAGUUCCCAGUAUAAAUGCUUUUGUGCCCAAGACAAGUACACUUUGUCCCAAAAACUAGAAGGCAUCUGUUCAAAAAAUUUUAUUUGUCUGUAAUACCUAAUGGUUUCAGUAAUAGAUUAUUGCAUAUUGACCUGAUUCUCUUUCACCCUUCCUAACUUUUAAUCACUUUUAAUUAGGAAUAAAUACACAACUGGGAGACGAGUUCUGGAAAGAGCUCUUAAAUCCCACAGGGGUGCCUUUACAUAUGUGUAUGUGUGCUUGGUUUAGGGUUGGGUUUUUGUGUCUCUGCUGAGUUUGCUGGCAGCCAGUUGCUGGGGAAGGAGGAUAAUUACAAUACAAAAGUGUUUCAUGUUUUUCUCCUGUGGAUGAUGCUAUAAAUAUAAAAUUGCAGCAGAGAUUUUAUAGAAUUGUUAACAAACUAAGGAAGAUAAUUAAUUUAUGCAGAGUACACAAGAGCAAAAA